AGCAAUACAAAUCAAGGAGUCGUAUGAGCGAAAUUGUAGUGGCAAAACAUUUUUUCAUAAUUUUCUAGUAUUGUCUGCAGUUAUAUCACUUAUACAGCUGUACCGAUGAAAACGAAAAACAUUUUUUCAAUAAUUAAUAUGAUAUUAUAUUAUAUAUUGUUUAAAAAAAUUAAAAAUAAACAUGCGUACCUUAAUACCGUAUACGACAUAAACUGUUCUCAAGGUAACGCUUGUUUGUAUUAUUUAGGUACCUAUUGUUUUACCGUAUUUCACCCGUGAUUAUUUACUCAUGUAAAAAACGAACUUCAUAUAAUUUUAUUCGUUUAAUUAUUUGCUGCUAAUAAUUAACUGAUUCAUCAUUAACCACAAUGAUGGCUGCACAUUCCGAAAAACCAUUUGAUGAUAAUGAUAGCUGUUUUGAACUAUUGUUGUUUUACUACGAAAUCGGUAAAACUAUCGUAUUCUGGACGAAUGUUUUCUUGAUCUCUUCCACCAUGAUUACCGGAAGUUUUGAUCGAUUGUGUUUCGCUACGAGUAAACAUACCGAAAUGGUGGUCCGACGAGUCUAUUCCAUGUUUCGGAUGAAACCACUGGAUAUGAAACACUUCCAAGAGGACACGAUGUUAAUGCGCCAGCAGCGUCACCACGAAAAGAAUCAAAUCGAAAAAUUCGCAUGGCUGAAACGUAGAAUCAUCGAAAAGGAGACACAAAAUGAACGAGACCAACAAUUUAUGAUUUACGACUGGUUGGCGGAUGCGUUGGAUUUUUUACUGAACACGAAAUCCCAUAAUCGUCAACGAUACUGCGACGACCUCGGAGAAGCGGAAUCAAUACCGUUCAAAAAAUCGGCCACUAAAGAUCUGAGAUCGUUCCGAAAUCUAAACACGUCGAUAGUUAUAGAUGCGUUGGACACAUCGACACAACAAUUCAUUUGCCAAGAAUGCGGACUUAAGAUUCAGCGGUAGCAGCUUGGUAAAAAAGAAGAUAUAAUAAUAUUAUAGGUACACGGCUUGUUUCGUUGUACCGAAAAUGUUUAUCACAUAAUUAUUAUUAUUGCAUAAAAAAAUACCUAACCCACUAAUUCAUUUCAACCGUAUUCUGGGUGUUUUCGGAUGAACCAAUGUAUUUAUAGCCUAUUAUAAUACUAUAUGUACCUAUGAGAGAGAGUUGUAAUGUUCUUUUUAGAUAUUCGUUUUAUAGUUUUAAGUUAUAUAAUUAAAUACAUUUAUUUGAUAUUCAUGCCUAUGUCUUCAGUCUUUACCUUUCAUCACGUAAAAAUAAUAGAAACUACUUCACAGUUUGUAGUUAAAAUUUUAAAACGUUGUUACAUAGAUGCAUGGGAUUAUACUUUAGUAUAGUACAACACCAAAAUAAAAGGGUCUUAACAACUUUCUGUUAUUUUUUCUAUAUACUUUAUA